CAUGGCGACGGCGCGGUCCCCGCGCGGGGGCGGCCAUCGGGCGCGAUCGCGCUGCGGCGGCGGAAGUGACGGCGCGCGGGGCCGCCAUGAAGCCGGCGGUGGACGAGAUGUUCCCUGAGGGAGCCGGGCCGUACGUGGACCUGGAUGAGGCAGGAGGAAGCACGGGGCUGCUGAUGGAUCUGGCCGCCAACGAGAAAGCGGUGCACGCUGACUUCUUCAAUGAUUUUGAAGAUCUCUUUGAUGACGAUGACAUCCAGUGAACUGAGUUGCCCAGCAGUGUGGAUUUUUCUCUAGGAUCACCUGUGCAGUAUAUUAUUUAUUAAAUUAAUCAAAAUGGGAAAUCAAGAGGAGGGAAAAAAGCCUGGAUAAGUUACUUGGGGAUGGCUAAAGAUAACUAAAGAGGGAGAUGUGCACUGUUAUUUCUUGGAGCCUACUUUUUCCUGGAAAUUUUAUUUGUUGAUGUGCUUAUUGAAUAAAAUACUAAAGAAACUC